AUGGCACCUUCAAACCCCCUUUCUAACUGGGAGAAAGUUGGUGACAGCUUUUAUCGCAAAGUUCCCGUGUACGAAGCCAUCUUCGACGGGGAUGUUGAACUAGAGAACUACAUCGUCGCGGGCGCACCUCACGGAGGGGCCAUCGCCCUCUACCGAGAUGAGAGUAAACCGCUAAGACUCCGUGAUAAGAAGGCUCCCCGAUCGAGCAUCGAUAUCUAUUCCUGCUCCGGCAAGCUGAUCAAUCGCAUUAAUUGGGAACAAGCCACCAUUCGUGGGCUCGGCUGGUCCGACAAAGAGGAGCUCCUGGUAGUUAGCGAAGACGGUACAGUUCGCCGCUAUUACGGCCUAGAUGGCGAGUUCACUUCUUUUUCUCUUGGAAACGGUGCUGAAGAAUAUGGUGUGAGAGCAUGUCAGUUCUGGGCAUCGGGGCUAGUGGCCUUGUUGUCAAACAACCAGUUGAUAUCCGUCUCCAAGUACGAUGAGCCACGUUCCAAACCACUCGCUACAUGCCCUGAAGGUGAGGUUUCAUCUUGGUCGCUGGUACCACCCGCGCAGACACUUUCACGCUCCGUGGAGGUGUUACUUGCCGUCGACAAGACCGUCUUCUUGGUGGAUUCCACAGAGGCCGAAGACAAGAUCUUGCAAAAUGGUCCCUUUAAAAAUGUGGCUGUUUCCCCGACCGGAAGAUUCGUUGCUCUUUUCACCGCAGAGGGCAGGCUAUGGGUUGUCAGCAGCGACUUUCAAAACAAGCUCACCGAUUACGAUUCAAGGUCUCGAGUUCCUCCGAGCUCUGUAAACUGGUGUGGUGAUGAUGCUGUCGUUUUGGCAUGGGAAGACGAACUUCACCUAGUCGGACCUGGUGCUGUCGCUUCCAAAUAUUACUAUGAUGGCCGAGUGCAUGUUAUACCCGAGUUUGAUGGAGUUCGCCUCAUCACGAAUGACACUUGCGAGUUCUUGCACAAGGUCAACAGUGUCACAGAGGAAAUAUUUCGAUUGGGAUCUUCCUCGCCCGCCUCGGUUCUCCUUGAUUCCGUGGACCAGCUCGAGAAAAAAUCACCCAAGGCCGAUGAAAAUAUCCAACGGAUUCGCUCCAGUCUGCCUGCAGCAGUCGACACGUGCGUCAAAGCAGCAGGCCACGAAUUUGAUGCUUACUGGCAAAAACGUCUCCUAAAGGCCGCAUCAUUCGGCAAAUCAGUCCUGGAACUUUACAAUAGCGAUGAAUUCGUGGAAAUGACUGAAAAGCUGAGAGUCCUGACAGCAGUGAGGGACUAUAAAGUCGGAUUGCCACUUUCAUAUGAGCAAUAUCUUCGUUUGACUCCCGAGGGACUCAUUGAACGUUUGAUCAGUCGACAUGAGUACCUCCUUGCCAUACGAAUUUCAGAGUAUCUACAAAUCCCCGCAGAUCGCAUUUAUGUCCAUUGGGCUAGCCAGAAGGUUCGCGUUUCCACGGUCGAUGACGACGCUGUCUGCAAACUCAUUGUCCAGAAGCUCGAUGGCAAGCCAGGCAUUUCCUUCGAGGCCAUUGCCCAAACGGCUUACAAUGAGGGCCGAUCACAUCUGGCUACCCAACUCCUGAACCACGAACCCCGAGCUGGCAAGCAGGUUCCACUACUAUUAAACAUGGAGGAAGAUGAGGUCGCGCUGGACAAAGCAAUCGAUAGCGGUGAUGAUGAUCUGGUCAAUUUCGUUCUUUUGCACAUGAAGACCAAGUUACCUCUGGCAAGCUUCUUUCGAGUGAUUAACACUCGCCCCGUGGCUUCUGCAUUGGUUGAAACUGCAGCACGGAAUGAGGACACGGAGUUGCUCAAGGAUCUAUACUACCAAGAUGAUCAGCCGAUCGAGGGAUCAAAUGUGCUGCUGUCUGAAGCUUUGAAGGAGAAAGAUUCGAAACGCAAGACAGAAAAGCUUCAUUUGGCAUCGCGUCUGCUGUCAGAUUCCAAGGACCCGACAGUAGUGCUACAGCAAAAAUUGAUAGCCGAGUCCUCUCAGCUCCUGAAGAUUCAAGAAAAUUUGGAUAAGGACCUCGCUGACAGUUCCGAGUAUUUCGGUCUCAGCCUGAACGAGACAGUCUACAGGCUCAUUCGAGCUGGCUAUGGAAAGAGAGCGAGCAAGUUGCAGAGUGAAUUCAAAAUGCUAGAGAAGACAUAUUGGUGGCUGAGACUAAGAGCCUUGGUGGCUAAACGCGACUGGGGCGAAUUGGAAGAGAUUGGCAAGGUCAAGAAGUCCCCAAUCGGGUGGGAGCCUUUCUAUAACGAAGUCCUUGGCGCCGGAAAUACAAAGUUAUCAUCGCUUUUUGUGCCCAAAUGCACCAACUUGUCUGUCGCUGAGCGGAUCGAAAUGUGGGUGAAGUGUGGCAUGAUCGUCAAGGCAGGAGAAGAAGCACAGAAGGCCAAGGACGUUGCGACCCUCGAGCUUCUCCGGAACAAAGCAUCUGGCCCCGCGGCAACUGAAAUUGAGCGGAUGAUCAACCAGCUCAGGCCGAGAAGGUAA